CGGACAUGGCGUCCCCGGCCUCCCGCGAGCCCGAGACGGCCGACGUGCUGCCUCAGCACCGGUUCGACCGCGAGGCGCUGGAGGCCUACCUGGACCAGCACUUGCCGGGGUUCGGGGCCGAGCCCGAGGCCGGGCUGACCGCCGUCCAGUACAGAUCAGGACAGUCCAAUCCAACCUUCUAUCUCCAGAAGGGCCUGCAGGCGUAUGUGCUCAGGAAAAAACCACCUGGUUCCCUUCUUCCUAAAGCACACCAGAUCGAUAGAGAAUUUAUCGUCCAAAAAGCUUUGUUUUUAAAUGGAUUCCCUGUCCCCAAGCCUUUACUGUACUGCAGUGAUGCUUCUGUCAUUGGAACAGAAUUCUACGUGAUGGAACAUGUGCGAGGUCGAAUCUUUCGCGAUCACACAAUUCCCGGAGUUAGCCCCGCAGAACGCUCAGCCAUCUAUGUGGCCAUGAUAGAAACCUUGGCUCAGUUACAUUCCUUGAAUGUAAAGUCAUUGCAGCUGCAAGGAUAUGGCAAAGGUGCUGGCUACUGCAAAAGACAGGUGUCAACCUGGACAAAGCAGUACCAAGCUGCAGCUCAUCAAGACAUCCCUGCCAUGACCCAGCUCUCUAACUGGCUAAUGAAAAACUUGCCAGAGAAUGACAAUGAAGAAAGUUUGGUUCAUGGAGAUUUCAAACCAGAUAACAUAGUUUUCCACCCCACAGAGUCUCGAGUUAUAGCAGUACUGGAUUGGGAACUUUCAACCACUGGUCACCCUUUGUCAGACUUGGCUAAUUUUUCCAUGUUCUACUUUUGGCCAAGGACAAUUCCAAUGUUAAAUCAAAGUUCUCAUUUGCAAGAAAACAUAGGGGUGCCAUCAAUGGAAGAACUGAUUUCAAUAUAUAGCCGCUGCAGGGGAAUUAAUUCUAAUCUUCCUAACUGGAAUUUUUUUCUUGCCCUUUCAUACUUUAAAAUGGCAGGAAUAGCACAGGGAGUAUAUAGUAGAUAUCUAAUGGGAAAUAAUGCAUCCGAGGAUAGCUUUUUGUUUGCCAAUAUUGUACAACCCCUGGCAGAAACAGGAUUACGACUCUCAAAAAGAACUUUCAGUACGACUCUGCCACAGGGUGACAAGACCCGGCAGUUGUUUGCACAGACAAGGAGCGGCCAGGAAGUGCUAAUGAGGGUAAAGCAUUUCAUGAAACAACACAUCCUUCCAGCUGAGAAGGAGGUAAUUGAGUUCUACAUGGACAAUGACAAUUCAGUGGACAAGUGGAGACAACCUACAGUGAUUGAUAAGCUCAAGGAAAUGGCCAAAGCAGAGGGCCUCUGGAACUUGUUUUUGCCAGCGCUCAGCGGACUCAGCCAGGUGGACUAUGCCUUCAUUGCUGAAGAAACGGGGAGAUGUUUUUUCGCUCCAAAUGUCUUUAACUGCCAAGCACCAGACACAGGGAACAUGGAGGUGCUCCAUCUAUACGGGAGUGACAAGCAGAAGCAGGAGUGGCUUGAGCCUCUUCUCCAAGGGACCAUCACUUCCUCCUUCUGCAUGACAGAGCCCGAUGUAGCUUCAAGUGAUGCCACAAAUAUUCAGUGUAGCAUCCGACGAGACGGAGACAGCUAUGUAAUUAAUGGCAAGAAAUGGUGGAGCUCUGGAGCUGGGAAUCCAAAGUGCAAAAUAUUCAUUGUUUUGGGAAGAACUGAGAACACCUCUGCCAGCAGACACAAACAACACAGCAUGAUUCUUGUUCCGAGAAAUACACCUGGAAUAAAACUUGUAAGACCUUUGUCAAUUUUUGGCUACAUGGAUAAUUUUCAUGGAGGACAUUUUGAGAUCCAUUUUAAUCAUGUGCGAGUUCCUGCCACCAAUUUAAUACUAGGUGAAGGCAGGGGGUUUGAAAUGGCCCAAGGCCGCCUAGGACCUGGCAGAAUCCACCACUGUAUGCGAGCAGUGGGUUUGGCCGAGCGCGCUUUGGAGAUCAUGUGCGAGCGGACCACACAGAGGGUGGCCUUUAAGAAGAAACUCUAUGAACACGAGGUUGUGGCUCACUGGAUCGCAGAAAGCCGCCUUGCCAUCGAGCAGAUCCGCUUGCUGACCUUGAAAGCUGCCCACAACAUUGACACUCUGGGCAGCGCUGGCGCCAGGAAAGAGGUGGCAAUGAUUAAAGUGGCCGCCCCGCGGGCCGUCUGCGGCAUCAUUGACCGGGCCAUCCAGGUGUGCGGAGGUGCGGGCAUCUCCCAGGACUACCCUCUGGCUUACAUGUAUGCCCUCGCCCGGACUCUGCGCCUGGCAGACGGCCCCGACGAGGUGCACCUGUCCUCCAUCGCCGCCAUGGAGCUGCGGGACCAGGCCCAGCGCCUGCGGCCCAAGAUGUAGGCCGCCCGCGGCUUCCCUUGGGGGGCUGCAGGGGCUCCAGCCUUUGAAUCUCACGGCCUUUACAGCAGAUUAAGGACAGGAUUAAUUGCUUGUUUUCAGUAAAGAUUUGAACAUCUUGUUUGAUCAAUGGGUUUUGUUAAAUAAGGGUCACCUGGGUUUUAGUUAAAUUAAGAAAUUCUAUAGCAGUUGUCAGCCUAGUACCCUCUUUUUUAACAUUUUUUUUAAACACUAAAAUUAUAAGGCGAUUGUAGUGGGGAGAAAUAGCUCAGUGAAACCAAAGGUGUGGUGGUGGAAGAAUUCACCAGAGAGCAUGGAGAACAGGAAGGGCAGUUUAUUGGAGCAUCCUGCAAGAGAGCAGGAGGCAAGAGGGAGAGGUCUGUGCGGGAAGGAUUUGGGGCUCCCUUUUAUAACCUUUUUUGAGAGCUUUCAGGAUGGGGUGUUGGUCUGUCCAACUGGGGGACACUUUCUGCUGGGACAUCAGGUUUUCCAGGUGUAAGGGCAGGAAUGACACAGGGCAGGUUUUCUGUGAUCCCAUGCAGAUGGGGUAAAGGAGGAGAGAGUCCUGGAGACCUCGGCGGCUUUUCAGGCUUUUAUUGGGAUUUACCGGGUACGGGGCAGGUAAGGGUGCUGGGGGGCCAGGAGGCUGGCAAGCUGCCCAGCCCCCAGCAAGUCUUCACUCUGUCUGGGCUCUCUGGUGAUUGCUGCUCUGCUCUCUCGUGCUUCUGCUUCUGCUUUUCUGCUUCUCAGCUUCUACUGCUUCUCUGCUGGCGUCCCCGUGACGCCGCCCUUAAAAGCCCAGUCUCAGCCCAGGUGAAUCCCAUCUACCUAGGCCCACACCCUACUCCAGGUGCCCGCCAUCAGGCAUGCGUUCAGGACCGCAGGGUUCCAUCCUCUAUCCUGAUGGCGGGAGGGCAGAAAAGCCUGAUACUUUUUUUUUUUUUUUUUUAAAGAUUUAUUUAUUUAUUUAUACAAGCACUGGGUACAGUCAGAAGCACGGGAGGGUGAGAAAACUCACCAGAGCCAGAGCAGGGAGCAGAGCAGGCAGAAGGACCGAAGUACACUG